AUGGCGGCCCAGGCUCGGACCCCUCGGUCACGGUCACGGUCAAGGAUCUUGGGCUACACCUCGAUGUUGCGCUUUCUGCGAAGCCUGGUGGGGAGUAAGGGCAGUUCUAAGAGCUCCAGCAGGCCCCUGACCAGGAGCCGGCCCAGCCCCUCAAAGGAGCAGGAUGUUGUGUCCCCCAGGAUGGGCCGCCACGGAAGUCAUGGGAAGAGGGAGACGCGGCUGCGUGCCAUGGUACCCAAGGUCCCCUCUGCAGCUCCCUCAAACCUGCCGCUGCACGAUGCCUUUGGGCUGGGCACUGGGGACAUGGGGUCCCAGACCCUCAUCCCCAAGGAUGUCCUGAAACUCAGGGCCCAGGGUGUCGAGGUAACAUCAGUCCCUAAAGAGGUUCUGGGGCACCUGUCGGAGAAGAAAGAGAGGGAAGAACAAGCAGGGGAGGCCUCUGGAGCCUCAGAUAGGGGACGCUUUGCCCAGACCCUGGAGGCAGAGCAAGGAUGCCUGCAGUGGGUUCCUGGACCAUUGGCAUUUACCCCUGGGGCCUUCGCCAAAGAGGAAGAGGAGGGGCACUCCCUAAUUGAGAUUGGAGACCUCAGACUGACCUCUUGCAAGCCAGGAUCCACCCCGUGGAACUAUCUCCUUGGCUUGUACAAGCAGUUCCAUAAGUCAGCUAUGGCCAAGGCUCAGAGACCAGGUAUGCCUCAGUUUCCUCUCAAGGACGGCUUGCCCCAUGAGGAGAAAGGGGAGAGAGAGGAAGCUGAGGAAGAGGAGAGCUGCUCAAAGCUGUGUGCCCCACGUGCCGCCGCCUUCCCGUCACCGCUGCAGAAGAUGUUCAGAUCCACCGACACAGUGGGUUUCGUGGAGUCAGAGCUAAAGAAGAUUCUGGCAGUGCAACGAGAGUCCCGCCUCUGGAAGGUGGGCAGCCCAGAGGGCCGGGAGCUGCUGACCCGGCCAGAUAUCACUCUAGAGGAGGCCGGCAUGGUGGACGGCCAGCAUCUGCUCCUGGAAGAGAUGGACGAGAUGGGAAAUUGGCCCCCUCCCGAGUGAGGCCCCGGGCCGGCAGGAACCCACCUUGCCCACACCCCUGGGACACACGCAAGGAGUCCCUGGGGCCCUGGGCUUUGGGAUGAAUAGCACCCUUUGCAUGGGGGGUGGGCCUGCCCAGCACUGUCCCUUCCCAUCAGACUCCCGCAGAUGAUAUUAAAAACUUAGUUUGA